CCCUUCCUCACCUGUCAACAGCAUGCAGAGUCAUAAUUCGACUAUCAUUUACCCCAACGUCCCGCAAAAUGAAGCAGACCCGCGUUCUCGUAUCAAUGUCAUGAUUGACAUCUUCAACGCUGGUCUCUCAUCACGCGCGGGCGGCAAACUGGACCGAGGACUAUACCACGAGAUCUUCACUGCAUACAAACUUGUCCAGGAUUAUAAAAUCACGCAUGGUAGUCAGAUCUCCAGACCCCUCACUGAAUCAGAGAAGCGAGAGGGCCUCAAUGGCAGCUCCCAAAUGAUCACGGUGCCCUUACAGGGUAACAAGUACAGAGAGAUAGACAUGGUCUACAACGAGGGUGGGAUUACCCAUAUCGUCGAGGCUAAGAACACCAAGACUGUUGAUCACAGUCAGCUCCAGCCCAACAUCCAACUGGCGCAACAAAUCCAAGGAGCCUUGGUCUAUGCGAUCGGCGAAAAGGAUGGUCAGGAACGAGCUCUCAAAGAGGCAUACAAAAAGCUCCAAGCUCAACACCAGUCUAGCAGCACUGGGAACUUCCCUCCUCUGCAUGUCCUGCGUAUCCCGGACAAAGUCUCGAACAUCAUGUCGGACAACAAGCCGAUGAGCUUACUGUCACUUUCAUCGACGUUUCAGGUUUCCCAGUUCAAUAUAGCUGAGGUCACGGGGGAGUUUGAUCACGAAGAACGUGGAUUUUCGCUAUUUAGAUAG